UCAUUGAAAUACUCACAUUUUGCCAAACUUCAUGGCGUCAAAAAACUUAAGUGGUUUAAUUGGCCAUUUGAGUCCGCGUUGUAGAGAUAUCGAGAAUGGUACAAGUAUGAUUUCACUAAUCAUUCCGCCAAAAGAUCAAAUCUCCAGAGUCAGUAAAAUGUUGGCUGAUGAAUUUGGUACAGCAUCAAAUAUCAAGUCUCGAGUGAACAGACUAUCCGUCCUUGGUGCCAUCACAUCAGUACAACACAGACUAAAAUUAUAUACCAAAGUACCUCCAAAUGGCCUGGUUAUUUACUGUGGUACAAUUGUUACUGAAGAAGGGAAAGAAAAGAAAGUUAACAUUGAUUUUGAGCCAUUUAAACCUAUUAACACUUCACUUUAUCUCUGUGACAAUAAGUUUCACACCGAAGCGUUGACGGCGUUGCUGGCAGACGACAACAAAUUUGGUUUUAUUGUUAUGGAUGGUAAUGGUGCGCUUUUUGGUACUCUACAAGGAAACACACGAGAAGUUCUGCACAAAUUCACAGUUGAUUUACCGAAAAAACAUGGUAGAGGAGGUCAGUCCGCUCUUCGUUUUGCUCGAUUGCGAAUGGAAAAACGUCACAAUUACGUACGGAAAGUAGCUGAAGUGGCGACGCAGCUCUUUAUAUCCAAUGACAAACCUAACAUUGCUGGUUUGAUACUUGCUGGUAGUGCCGAUUUCAAAACGGAGCUUAGUCAAUCGGACAUGUUUGAUCCCAGAUUGCAAACUAAAGUUAUAAAACUAGUCGAUGUUUCGUAUGGUGGUGAAAAUGGAUUCAAUCAAGCAAUCGAAUUAGCUGCCGAAUCGCUGCAAAAUGUCAAGUUCAUCCAAGAAAAGAAACUUAUUGGCCGUUACUUUGAUGAGAUUUCUCAAGACACGGGAAAGUACUGUUUUGGCGUUGAAGAUACCCUGAGAGCUCUUGAAUUAGGUAGUGUAGAAACCUUAAUUUGUUGGGAGAAUCUCGACAUCCAGAGAUACGUGUUAAAGAAUCAUACGAGUAGUGAAGAAAAAGUCUUACAUCUAACGCCGGAACAGGAAAAAGACAAGUCACACUUCACAGACAAAGAGAGCGGGGUUGAGUUAGAAUUGGUGGAGUGUCAACCACUACUUGAGUGGCUUGCAAAUAACUACAAGAGUUUCGGUGCGACAUUAGAAAUUAUUACGGACAAGUCUCAAGAAGGAUCGCAAUUCGUUAGAGGCUUUGGGGGUAUUGGAGGUGAGUUAGUAUUACUUAAGCAAAACAUAUCUUUAUUAUCUAGCUUAUAUAAUAUAAUUAUAUUUACUUUGCAUAAUCUUAAUUAUGGCUAG